AUGUCGGGCUAUGGGAGGCAGCCGCUUACCAGGCGGUUAGGCAUCGCUAGAGACUCUAGGACGCGGCCACUUGAGACAGUAGUCGGUAACAAACCUCGUGACAUGCCCACGCCGGCUUCGGAAAUGACGGCGGAACAAAUCUCUGCACUGCCCGAAGAAGAUACUGAAUCAGAGUUCAGUGAGCCCGAAAGUCGUAAAACAGCUAAGGAUAAAUCCUCGUUGCCCGCAAAGGAUGAUCAUCCCAGCCUGCGCCGUCAGAGUGCCCAGAUGCACAAUAACAAUUCUGACUCGGAAGAAGAGCAUGUUGCCCGGAGGUCCCGGGCCGAUAUUCAGCCCUCUCGGUACUUUGGCACCUCCAAGCAAGGAAGAGAGCAAGCAAAAGCUCACGGCGCCUCUCAAGGCAGCAAAAAACGUUUUGGAGGCUCACAAACAACGAAUGCUGGGGCACCUGACAGCAAAAGGGGCUCUCCAGGUUUUAGUUCUCCGAGCCCUCCCUCUAAGAGAAGGAAAGCCGAGACAAGUCAGUUUGAUGAUGACGCUGAUCUCCGAAGCAUCAAACGACGACAAAAGUCUGCAAAUAGCUUCUCCAAGAGAGAAGUCAACCGGGCUAAGCAACCAGAACUUGUAGCAAAGAAGAGGAAAGAAAAGACUGCUGCGAAACGAGCAAAGAAAGCUCGCUCAGAGACCCCGGAAAAGAUACAGCCUUCGUUCAAGUCAUAUGACGAUGACCCUUUCGAUCAAUUCGAUGACAAAACAUCGCCGAGCAAGAUGAUUCAGCCAGCGUCGCCUUUGCUAUCUUCACCUUUAAAGAGCACACCGAAGACAUUCAAGGCACUUCCGUCUCUCAGCCCUGAUAGCUCGCUGUGUCAAACCGAAGGAGAAUUCCGGGAACCUCCUGCUUCACUUUAUGAGGUGCUACAGGUUUCUAGUAAUCCGCCAACGCACCCCCGCGAUCUGGUCACCAGCUCCGAUGGAGGCCCUAAAAAGUUGAGUGACCCAUCUGCAGAGUUUUUAGACUCCGAAGAGGAUAAAGAUGUUGGUUCCACUCCAAAGCAGCCUGUAAAAGCGCGUUGUCCCAUAUGUAAUGAAAUGGUCGACAAGGAGCUUUUGACUUCUUUCUCGGACGGCGCUCGCCUAAACAUACGCAAGCAGCUCCAGUUUUGUCGACUGCACAAGAGGAAGUCGGCCGAAGAGAUUUGGAAGACAAGGUGCUUCCCUGAGAUAGAUUGGGAUGAGCUCCCAACAAGAGUAUCGGACCAUUACGAUGUUCUCGAGGACAUCAUCAACGGUGGUGCCUCUCACUAUAGCGCACUUCUAAGUAACACGGUAAAGGAGGGCAAAAACCGGACCCUCUUGAAGGCAGAGGGCAGUCUGACGCCUGGCUAUUACGGACCGCGCGGACUACGAGCAUUAUCCGAGGGAAUCAUCAGUCGCUUUUCAUCAGUUCUAAGGAAACGAGCUGUAGAGGAUCGGUUGAUAUCUUCACGUGGGUACUCUAAUUAUGUGGAGUCAGUUUUAGUACCCGAGUUGGCAGUGCUGUUAAUCUGCGAAGACAUGAAAAUAGGACCUGAAGAGGCAAGAGACGUGCUUGAGGAAAGCAAAUGGAUCGGUGAUUUACUUCACGAGGAUGUUGGAGAUACGGUUGACCAUGUGACUGAUGAUGAGCUAGACUAG